AUCGCGUUGAGUGAGAGUCUGCUGGCACUUGUGCUUGUGAGUCACAGUGCUCGCUACUCGCUGGCUGGCUGGACUCCCGCCGGAUAUGAUCGAAUCUCAUUGAACGCCGGAGAGUUUCUGCCUGAGUUUGGGUCGCUGGCAGUUCAUCGGAUAGCACACCCCUUCUUCAAUUCUUCAAGUUCUCCUGGAUCCCGAGCCAGUCGCGUCAGGAAGUUGCCUUGUGACACCUGUUGUGUCAAUUCGUGUGAUUUCCCACUGAUUUUCUGAAGAAUUAAGUCAACAUGGAGAUGUGUCCCUAUGAAAUGGAGGACAUUUUCAACUAUAUACCAAGAUACUUCAGACAUGUAAUACCUGACGACUGGAAUACAUAUGGUAGCAGAAAUAAUAAAGUUGAUUUGUUGGACCGAUUGUCAGAUGAUGAUUAUGACUGGAACAAAAUUUCUCGGAAGAUGGGUAAUAAAUUUGAAGUGGUUGAGAUUUGGAAAAUCCAAAACCCUAGAACAUAUGGCCGCUAUGCCAAGAGGGCUGAUAAGUACAGAACCUGGUUUGACAGGGAGCCAAAAAGAUGGCAACUGUUUCAUGGUACUCAACCAGAAAAUGUCAAAAGUAUUAUUGAUCAAAAUUUUGAUCUCAGAAAUCUGCACACAAAAGAAACCUCAUUUUAUUUUACUGGUGAAGGUGUGUACUUUACAAACUCUGCAGCUUAUGCUGAUUGGUGUGUUGGUGGUCAUAAUAAAACGUGUUUUAUGUUUAACUGUGAAGUGCUGAUUGACUCCAUCAAAACUGUCAACGACCCCAAGUUAGUCCGCUAUGGACCUCCUGCUCGAAGAGGUUUUAAACAGGAAGUUGCUGAUCUGCGAGAUGAUGGGAUAGAACCUCACCCUUCUAUAGUGUAUGACACAACUGCAAGAGGUGAUAAAGAUGAAUAUGUGAAAUUCAGGAGAAAUGAGUAUUAUCCAACCCACCUUAUUAUGUAUAGCAGGUGGUAAUAAUUACUUGGAUGUCCAUUCACAAGUUCCUGUCGGUAUGUACUGUAAAUGUGUCACUGUUUUUCUGCUGUAUAAAAAGUGAUAUUCCAAAAGAAA